AUGCGUGCGUUUACUGCCUCAUUCAUAGUGCCCCUCUUUCCGUACAACAACUUUCGUAAGCAAACAGAUGCUGAUAUCACACUGCUACUUUGGUUUCUCAUUGUGAUCUUGAAGACGAGUAUUGCCAAAGAUUGUUUGAAAGACACCAGCGAGUCGGGGAACAUCACGCGCGAGGAGUUUCCAGAGGUGGUAAAGGAGGCUUGGGGCCAGAUCCCGGAGCUGGCCUUCUCGGACCGCUUGUCCGAGCUCUACAAAGGACAUCAGGGCGUGGCCCCGCUGGACGGUGACCGAGUGGUGUUGUUCGUUGGCCGCACGUCCCCGGCCGGCUGGGCGCUACGUGGCUUCCGAAACAUGUGGCCAUACGCGCUCCGCAGCUGCCAGAUCUUUCAGAAUGUCUGCGACAACCCGGACCUGAACCCCGAGAACAUGAAAGCCUGGAUGUCGGACUACCACGCCUCGCCUGAAAAGGAGGUGGAGGGUGUGGCCAAGGUGGCUGCUGAGAACGGCCCGGAGUCGGAGGGUGGCCUGGUGCUGCGCCUGGACCCGGUGGACGUGGCCGAAGGCCGGCCCAGCACCGAGUAUGUGCCUCUCCGAGGGCGUCCUUCCAACAAGAAGCCGGGUUUCUUCUCCUUCCUGGGCUUCUGA